UUUUUAUUGAUAUUUUGUUUUCUAGCAAGAUCUUUUGAAAGCUAAUCGUGAAAUUGAUGAACAACGUGCUGCACGUAAACAACAAGAUCGUUUGGCUGAUUUAGCUGUACUUGAAUUUCAAAAAGCAAAAGCAGCACGUGAAGCUGCACAAGAAGCUGAAAUUGAACGUAAACGUACAGAAAAAGAAAAAGAAGUUGCACGUUUACGUGCACAACAAGAACGUGCAAGAGAUAUACAAGCAGAUAAAGAUGCAUUAAGAGCUAAACGUGAACAAGAAAGACGUGAACGAGAAUGGAGAGAAAAAGAAAAAUUUGAAGCUUUAAAAAAGAAACAAACUGAAGAAGAAAUGCGUUUAGCACGAGAAUGGCAAAUUAAAAAUAAAGAACAACAUUUAGCUGUUGAAGCUGCAAGAGAACGAGCAGAAUUUGAACGUGUACUUAAAGCACAAUUAACACAAGCUGAAAAAGAACGAAAUGAAGAAUUACAACGUGUUUCAAAACGUCAUAGAUUUGCUGAUGAUUUACGUGAUCAAAUUGUUCGUCAUGAAAAACAAAAAGUUGAAGAACGUGCUGCAUUUUUUGAUGAAGGUGUCCGACUUGAUGAACAAGCAAGAUUACGUAGAAUUCGUCUUGAUGAAAUUAAAACACAAAAACUUAAUGAAUUACGUCGUGCUGGUGUACCAGAAAAAUAUUGUGCUGAUAUCGAAAGAAAAAUUAAUGCCGAUACUGGAACAACGACAACAACAAAUGCUCCUGCUGUUCAUUAA